AUGGAUCAGUGUGAGGACAGAGAGGAGGGAGCCUCUCCCUCUAAGACCGCUCGGUGUGGGGAACAUGAGAGCCAAACCAGAGGUCAAAGGUCAGACUCUGCUGGACCUGGACCUGGACCUGGACCUGGACCUGGACCUGGACCUGGACCUGGACCCAGCUGCGUCUCCAUGAGAAGUGAUCAUUCUAAGGAACCUCCUCUUGCUUUUAAAAGACGUCUUUCUUUGGAAGAAAAUGUCAGCCAGCAGAGCUCAGAGGUCCUCAGUGGUCAGUCUGUCCCUCAGCAGCAAACGGAUCUGGACUCCAUAUUUAUGCUGCUGGAGGAAAAUAUUGUCUGCUUUGUGAAGCAUGAGCUGAAGAAGAUCAAGGAAGUCCUGAGUCCAGAUUACCCACAAAGCUCAGCGAGUCAGGAGGAUGGGGAGGUGUUGAAGACUGAGGAUGCAGAGCAGAGGAGGAGGAGAGAGGCAUUUGUGAAGAUCACACUGCACUUCCUGAGGAGAAUGAAGCAGGAGGAGCUGGCUGAGCGUCUGCAGAGUAGAAAUUGUGAUGCUACAGAGUUUAGCCAAAUACUCAAAUCUGCUCUGAAGAAGAAGUUCCAGUGUGUGUUUGAGGGCAUCGCUAAAGCAGGAAACCCAACCCUCCUGAAUGAGAUCUACACAGAGCUCUACAUCACAGAGGGAGGGGCUGCAGAGGUCAAUGAGGAACAUGAGGUCAGACAGAUUGAAACAGCAUCCAGGAAACCAGACAGACCAGAAACAACAAUCAGACAAGAAGACAUCUUUAAAGGCUCACCUGGAAGAGCUGAACCAAUCAGAACAGUGCUGACAAAGGGAGUGGCUGGCAUUGGGAAAACAGUCCUAACACAGAAGUUCACUCUGGACUGGGCUGAAGGCAAAGCCAACCAGGACAUCCAGUUCAUGUUUCCAUUGACUUUCAGAGAGCUGAAUGUGCUGAAAGAGGAAAAGUUCAGCUUGGUGGAACUUGUUCAUCACUUCUUCACUGAAAUCAAAGAAGCAGGAAUCUGCAGCUUUGAAGACUUCCAGGUUGUGUUCAUCUUUGAUGGUCUGGAUGAGUGUCGACUUCCUCUGGACUUCCACAACACUGAGAUCCUGACUGAUGUUACAGAGCCCACCUCAGUGGAUGUGCUGCUGAUAAAUCUCAUCAGGGGGAAACUGCUUCCCUCUGCUCGCCUCUGGAUAACCACACGACCUGCAGCAGCCAAUCAGAUCCCUCCUCAGUGUGUUGGCAUGGUAACAGAGAUCAGAGGGUUCACUGACCCACAGAAGGAGGAGUACUUCAGGAAGAGAUUCAGAGAUAAGAAGCAGGCCAGAAGAAUCAUCUCCCACAUCAAGACAUCACGAAGCCUCCACAUCAUGUGCCACAUCCCAGUCUUCUGCUGGAUCACGGCUACAGUUCUGGAGGAUGUGCUGAAGACCAGAGAGGGAGGAGAGCUGCCCAAGACCCUGACUGAGAUGUACAUCCACUUCCUGGUGGUUCAGGCCAAAGUGAAGAAGGUCAAGUAUGAUGGAGGAGCUGAGACAGAUCCACACUGGAGUCCAGAGAGCAGGAAGAUGAUUGAGUCUCUGGGAAAACUGGCUUUUGAUCAGCUGCAGAAAGGAAACCUGAUCUUCUAUGAAUCAGACCUGACAGAGUGUGGCAUCGAUAUCAGAGCAGCCUCGGUGUACUCAGGAGUGUUCGCACAGGUCUUUAAAGAGGAGAGAGGGCUGUACCAGGACAAGGUGUUCUGCUUCAUCCAUCUGAGUGUUCAGGAAUUUCUGGCUGCUCUUCAUGUCCAUCUGACCUUCAUCAAGUCUGGAGUCAAUCUCCUAGAGGACAAAACAUCAUCAUCAUCAUCAUCAUCAUCAUCAACAACAAAACAGCAAAAAUCUUUAAAAAAUCUCCAUCAGACAGCUGUGGACAAGGCCCUACAGAGUCCAAAUGGACACCUGGACUUGUUCCUCCGCUUCCUCCUGGGUCUUUCACUGCAGACCAAUCAGACUCUCCUACGAGGCCUGCUGACACAGACAGGAAGUAGCUCACAGACCAAUCAGGAAACAGCUCAGUACAUCAAGAAGAAGAUCAGUGAGAAUCAGUCUGCAGAGAAGAGCAUCAAUCUGUUCCACUGUCUUAAUGAACUGAAUGAUGGUUCUCUAGUGGAGGAGAUCCAACAGUCCCUGAGAUCAGGAAGUCUCUCCACAGAUAAACUGUCUCCUGCUCAGUGGUCAGCUGUGGUCUUCAUCUUACUGUCAUCAGAAGAAGAUCUGGAUGUGUUUGACCUGAAGAAAUACUCUGCUUCAGAGGAGGCUCUGCUGAGGCUGCUGCCAGUGGUCAAAGCCUCCAACAAAGCUCUGCUUAGCUGCUGUAAUCUCUCAGAGAAAAGCUGUGAAGUGCUGUCCACCAUUCUCAGCUCCAAGUCCUGUCAUCUGACAGAGCUGGACCUGAGUAACAACAUCCUGCGGGAUUCAGGAGUGAAGCAGCUUUCUGCUGGACUAGAAAACCCACACUGUAAACUGGAAAUACUCAGGCUUUGUGACUGUAACCUGUCAGAGAAAAGUUGUGAAGCCCUGUCCUCAGCUCUCAGUUCUCAGUCUGCUGGUCUGAGAGAGCUGGACCUGAGUAACAACAAGCUGAAGGAUUCAGGGGUGAAGCUGCUGUCUGGUGGACUAAAGAGUCCAGACUGUAAGCUGGAAAUACUCAGAAGGUUUUAUUGCCAUAUGGGUGAACAGUACUGCCCCAGCUUGUCCUCGGUUCUCAGCUCCCCGUCUUCUAGUCUGAGAGAGCUGGACCUGAGUAACAAUGACCUGCAGGACUCAGGAGUGAAGCUGCUGACUGGUGGACUAAAAAGUACACACUGUAAACUAGAAACUCUCAGUCUCUCAGGUUGUCUGAUCACAGAGGAAGGCGGUGCUUCUUUGGUCUUGGCUGUGAGCUCUAACCCCUCCCAUCUGAGAGAUCUGGACUUGAGAUACAAUUAUCCUGGAGACUCUAAUGUGAAGGUGCUUUCUAGUGGACUGAAGAAUCCUCAAUGGAGACUGGACUCUCUCAGAGUGGACUAUUGUGCAGAGCAGUGGCUAAAAGCUGGACUACUGAAGUAUUGCUGUGAACUCACAGUCGACACAAACACAGUGAACAGAAACCUCAAACUGUCUGACAACAACAGGAAGGUGACACGUGUGAGAGGCGAGCAGCUGUAUCCUGAUCAUGCAGACAGAUUUGACUGCUGGCCUCAGCUGCUGUGCAGAAAUGGUCUGACUGGUCGCUGUUACUGGGAGGUGGAGUGGGAAGGAGAGGUUUAUCUGGCAGUGAGUUACAAAGGAAUCAGAAGGAAAGAAAAGAGUGAUAACUGUUGGUUUGGAGGGAAUGAUCAGUCCUGGAGUCUGAGUUGCUCUGAUGCUGGCUACUCUGUGUGGCACAAUAACAGAGAAGCAUUCAUCUCCUCCUCCUCUGUCUCUAACAGAGUAGCAGUGUAUGUGGACUGUCCUGCCGGCACUCUGUCCUUCUACAGAGUCUCCUCUGACACUCUGAUCCACCUCCACACCUUCAACACCACAUUCACUGAACCUCUGUAUGCUGGGUUUGGAUUUGGGAUCUGGUCAUCUGGUUCUUCACUUUCUCUGGGUUCUUAGUAGGACUUUAAUUGGGUUUACAUUUGAAUUCCUGAUUGUAAUUUUAAUAUGCAGCUCAUUCAGUUAAUGCUGUUUUAUCAAACCUGCUGGUGUGCCUACCUGUUCUUUGGUGGCACUUCAUCACCUGCUUUAGCAUCAGUGAGACAGGACUGUGACACACCCCACUUGUCACUUUUUAAUGUGCAAGUUCACAAAUGAACAUCUUUUCAUAAACCUAACCAAGUGGAUCUAGAGCCUAAAACUAACCAGCGAGUGAAGAGAAAGUAAGAAAUAGUGAAGAGUGAAAACGGCUUCAGCAGGGUGUGAACUACAGUGUCUGUGCUGAUAACCCAGAGAGCCACCUGUACAGCUUCCUAAGGUGGACUUUGUCUCCACAAAGGGAGCAAAUAUGUGUUAUUACACCUGUUAGCAGACACAUGUUGAAAUAUGCUGUGAUUUUGAAGUGUUUCCAUCACUACUGAACAAAUACAUGAAACAUUCCACAUGUUUGUAAAGUAUUAAUCUGUGCAAAGAAAAAACAAAUGUGUAAA